AAACGACCAGUCGUCAACUGAUUAGAGAUGGGAGUUUUCCCAUCAUAAUCUACUGGACUAAACUGAUUAGAGACAGGCAGGAAGUAAAAGAAAUACGGCACCGUUACAGGAAAAGAGGGCGAGAGAGCAGAUCUCCGAUGGCUGGGAAGGAGGAAUUUGUGGAGGCAGAUAAUGCAGAGGCCAUAAUCACCAGAAUCGAACACAAAUCUCGCAAGAUCGAAAGCUUACUUAAACUGUUCAAACCUGUGGAAGCUCUCAAAACCGCCCUCGAAGGCUCGCCUCCUAAGACCAGGGACGAGCGAUGCAAGUCUGCGAAUUGGAUAGUGGUGCAUAGAGCGAUCAUGGCUAUAAAAGAUGUGGAUGGGAUGUUCUCUACUUUGGACCCUGAGUACUAUGAUAUUCUUAUGAAGUACUUGUAUAGGGGUUUGUCUACAGGAGAUCGACCCACGUGUGACCAGUGUUUACGUAUACAUGAAAAGUUGACCGAGAAAGCUGGCUUGGGUUGCAUUUUGCGUGCCCUCGCAGACACUGUGAAUACUGUUUGACUUUAACCGCUCAAUACAUCUAUAAAUUUUGUUCAAAAAGAAUUGCAUGCCUUCUCAAAAAAUAAGAAAAAAUGUUUGCCAUUUGCUCUUAUUAAACAAUAUAUGUUAUUCACAAGUACUUGUUUGUAAUUUAUGGUUCUCAUUUAUGUAUUUGUUGAAGUCCACAAGAUAAUGCAACUUCUAGGGACCAUAAAUGCUUUGAAUGAUUUAAUUUUCCAGAAGCUUUGUGAA